AUGAAUACACGCUCACAACCUAAGCUUAGAUCUAUUCAAGAAAGAGAAACUCCGGUAUUAUCCGUAUAUGAGGUACGCGAAAGUAUUUCAUCAUGUUCAUCGGCAAGCAGUGUUUAUCUAAAGACCGUUCAAUUGAAAAAUGCAAACGGAAAAAUUUCACCUUCUUCAUCACUUCAAUCAACCGAUUCGACUAUUUUACCAUCACUUCACGAAGAAAAUUCAUCUUCAACACAGGCCAUUCAAACAUCUCCAAAGGCAAAGCAGAGAGGACCAUUCUCGUUGUCAAAAGUGCUCGUCAUUAUUGCAAUGAUUUUUCUCGGUAUAUGCGCAGUAGGAGUGGGAAUCACUGCGGUUAUGUUGAUUGUUUUGCGACCAACAACAACCACCAUAAUAACCACGACGACGACAAGUACGACGAGCACGACAAGUUCCACUUCAACAACUUCUACAAGCACAACUAGUACUACAUCAACAACAAAUGCUGUGUGUUCAACUAUGCCUAAUACAUGGUACACAACAUCCGCUACGAUUCCAGGGCAAUAUAACAUUCCUACUCACAUCAGUAGUCAACAAUUUUUUCUCAAUCUACGUCAAAUUUUAAAUGAUAACGGUUGCCUUAUUACAAAUGUGAACGUCCCAGAAACGAUUGUCUUUAAUCGAAUCGUUCAAAAGCUUACUUCAGUGUUCGAGUCCAAUAUUCUCUUAGCUCAUACAAAUACAAUUGAAAAUGCACGUGUGAUCAUUUCAGGGAGCCAGUCAUCAAUAGGGUUAUUAUCGUCACGAACAGAAGCAAUUCAACAAGCAGAAAUGUUUCAACUAAAAACACAUUUAGAGUUUAAUCUUUCAAAUUUGAUCUCCCGCGCAUAUCGUGGUUUAAUCUGUAACGAAAGAUUGAAUGAAAUCAAAGAAAUCUAG